AUACAAUAUCCGUUUACUUAGCGGACCAAAAAUUGGGGUUUAAUGUUUUAAUACUCUCUCUCUCUCUCUCAUUGCUUCAUUUUACUGUUUUUUCUUCAUUUUAUUCUCUCUGCAACUCUCCGAUUUUUCCUCUUUUCAUCGGAAAAUCGGGGCGGUGGAUAUACGGAGCGCAGUCUGCUGUCAGAUCUUUCUUUGUGUUUUUUUUUGGUUUAGUAUUAGUGGAGGGAUUGAAGAACUUGUGCAUAAGAUUGUUGGGAUUUUUUGGUUGAAUAGAUUGUUAGAUUGAAGUGGUUCUGGAUUGGAGUGUUUAUUCUUUUAAGUAGGAGAAGCUGUGGUGGAUUGAUCUGUUUUUGUGUUGAACUGUUAUUUAUUGGUUUCCGGCUUGGAGAUUAGUUAUCUUGAGAACUGAUAUCUAUCGAGGCGGGGACUGCAGUUUCUGAUCUGAUUGAAGUUACUGGAAAAUGGUUGCUUCAGUCACUUUAGGAGUUGGUUCUCUUGUUUGGGUGGAGGAUCCUGAUGUAGCCUGGAUAGAUGGAGAAGUUGUAGCCGUCAAUGGUGAAGACAUCAAGGUUCUUUGUACAUCAGGGAAGACGGUGGUGGUCAAGUCAUCCUAUGUCUACCCAAAAGAUGCUGAAGCCCCACCCUGUGGGGUGGAUGAUAUGACAAAAUUGCCAUAUUUGCAUGAACCCGGAGUUCUACAUAAUUUAAAAUCAAGAUAUGAUAUCAAUGAAAUAUAUACUUACACUGGAAAUAUAUUAAUUGCUGUGAAUCCUUUUCAAAGACUGCCUCAUCUCUAUGAUAGUCAUAUGAUGGCACAAUAUAAAGGAGCAGCCUUCGGUGAGCUGAGUCCACACCCAUUUGCUGUUGCAGAUGCUGCAUACAGGCUUAUGAUGAAUGAAGGAAUAAGUCAGGCGAUUUUGGUUAGUGGUGAGAGUGGGGCAGGUAAAACAGAAAGCACAAAAUUGCUUAUGCAAUAUCUUGCUUACAUGGGAGGACGGUCUGCAUCAGAGGGAAGAUCAGUGCAGCAACAGGUUCUUGAGUCAAAUCCUGUUCUUGAGGCAUUUGGUAAUGCAAAGACAGUGAGGAAUAAUAAUUCAAGUCGUUUCGGCAAGUUUGUCGAAAUUCAAUUUGAUGACAGGGGUAGAAUAUCUGGGGCUGCCAUCAGAACGUAUUUGCUCGAAAGAUCCCGUGUCUGUCAAGUGUCUGAUCCAGAGAGAAACUACCAUUGUUUCUAUAUGCUUUGUGCUGCACCACCGGAGGAGACUCAAAAGUACAAGUUGGGAAAUCCAAGAACAUUUCAUUAUUUGAACCAGUCGAAUUGCAUUGAUCUUGAUGGGGUUGAUGAUGCCAAAGAAUAUGCAGCUACAAGGAAGGCAAUGGAUACUGUGGGAAUCAGUUCCGAGGAACAGGAUGCAAUAUUUCGUGUUAUUGCUGCAAUCCUCCAUCUUGGGAACAUUGAAUUUGUGAAAGGCAAAGAAAUUGAUUCGUCCAUGCCUAAAGAUGAAAAGUCUUGGUUUCAUUUAAGAACAGCAGCAGAGCUUUUCAUGUGUGAUGCGAAGGCUUUGGAGGAUUCCCUCUGCAAACGUGUAAUUGUGACUCGUGAUGAAACCAUCACCAAAGAGUUGGAUCCAGAGGCUGCUGUUGGCAGUAGGGAUGCUUUGGCCAAAAUUGUCUACUCAAGAUUGUUUGACUGGCUCGUGGAUAAGAUUAAUAGUUCAAUUGGUCAAGAUCCUAAUUCGAAAUGUUUAAUUGGGGUUCUGGAUAUCUAUGGAUUUGAGAGUUUCAAGACUAACAGUUUUGAACAAUUUUGCAUAAACUUGACCAACGAGAAGCUUCAGCAGCAUUUUAAUCAGCAUGUGUUUAAAAUGGAGCAAGAGGAGUACACGAAAGAAGAAAUAAAUUGGAGCUACAUUGAGUUCAUCGACAAUCAAGAUGUAUUAGAUCUAAUUGAAAAGAAGCCAGGUGGCAUUAUUGCACUUCUCGAUGAAGCUUGCAUGUUCCCACGUUCGACUCAUGAAACAUUUGCCCAAAAGCUGUACCAGACUUUUAAGAACCACAAACGCUUCAGCAAGCCCAAAUUAGCCCGUUCUGACUUCACCAUUUCCCAUUAUGCUGGUGAUGUGACUUAUCAAACUGAGUUGUUUCUGGACAAAAACAAGGAUUAUGUUAUUGCUGAACAUCAGGCACUCUUGAGUGCUUCCAAAUGUUCCUUUGUUUCGGGUCUGUUUCCAGUUUCAAAUGAGGAGUCCUCCAAACAAUCAAAAUUUUCUUCUAUUGGUUCAAGGUUUAAGCAACAAUUACAAGCCCUGCUUGAAACUCUGAGUGCUACUGAACCUCAUUAUAUUCGCUGUGUGAAGCCAAAUAAUCUUCUUAAGCCAGCUAUAUUCGAGAAUCACAAUGUCCUGCAACAACUGCGCUGUGGGGGUGUCAUGGAAGCAAUUAGGAUAAGUUGUGCUGGGUAUCCUACCAAAAGACCUUUCUAUGAAUUUGUAGACCGUUUCGGCAUCCUUGCUCCUGAAGUUUUAGAUGGAAGUGCGGAUGAGGUCACUGUUUGCAAGAGACUUCUGGAGAAAGUGGGACUUGAAGGAUAUCAGAUUGGUAAAACAAAAGUGUUUCUGAGGGCUGGUCAGAUGGCAGAGCUGGAUGCUCGGAGAACUGAGGUGUUGGGAAGAUCGGCGAGCAUUAUCCAGAGAAAGUUUCGUUCUCACAUGGCUCGAAGAAGUUUCAUGUUAUUGCGCCGAUCUGCAAUACUUGUUCAAUCUGUUUGCAGAGGAGAACUUACUAGGAAUGUUUAUGAAAGCAUGCGUAGAGAAGCUUCUUGUCUAAGGAUUCAGAAAGAUUUGCGGAUGUAUCUUGCUAGGAAAGCAUACAAAGAACUUUGCUCAUCUGCAGUUUCACUUCAGACAGGAAUGCGUGGAAUGGCUGCUCGGAGUGAGCUUCGCUUUAGACGGCAGACAAGAGCAGCAAUUGUAAUCCAGAGUCAUUGCCGCAAAUUCUUAGCUCGUUCAGAGUAUGUGAAGCUUAAGAAAGCUGCAAUCACCACACAAUGUGCAUGGAGGGCAAGAGUUGCUCGUAAGGAACUGCGCAAACUGAAGAUGGCUGCUAGAGAAACUGGUGCUCUGCAAGCUGCAAAGAAUAAAUUAGAGAAGCAAGUUGAAGAAUUGACUUGGAGAUUACAGCUGGAGAAACGAAUGAGGGCUGACCUAGAAGAAGCAAAGACACAAGAGAAUGCAAAAUUACAAACAGCUUUAAAAGACCUUCAGCUUCAGUUCAAAGAAACCAAAGAGAUGCUAUUGAAGGAAAGGGAAUCUGCAAAAGUAGCAGCUGAACAGAUCCCUGUAAUACAAGAGAUUCCAGUCAUUGACCAUGAAAUGAUGGAUAAGCUUAGUGCUGAAAAUGAAAAGCUCAAGGCCUUAGUGAGCUCUUUGGAAAUAAAAAUAGUUGAAACAGAGAAGAAAUAUGAAGAGACAAACAAGCUUAGUGAGGACAGGUUGAAGCAAGCGUUGGAGGCGGAAUCAAUGAUUGUUAAGUUGAAGACUACUGUGCAUAGACUUGAAGAAAAAAUUUCUGACAUGGAGUCUGAGAAUAAAAUUCUUCGGCAGCAAACCUUGCUAGCCACUUCCAAAGGAGUGUCGGGACAUUCACCUGAUUCAGUUACUAAGGUAUUGGAAAAUGGGCACCAUGCUAGCGAAGCACUCAGAAGCAAUGAUUUGCUGCAUACUCCAGUGAAGGGUUAUGAAACCCCUGAUAACAAACCAAGGAGACCCCCAAUUGACCGGCAGCAUGAGGAUGUUGAUGCUCUCAUGGAAAGUGUCAUGAAAGAUGUGGGCUUCAGUCAAGGCAAACCUGUUGCAGCUUUCACAAUAUACAAAUGUCUUUUGCACUGGAAAUCUUUUGAAGCUGAACGGACUAGUGUGUUCGACCGUCUCAUUCAGAUGAUUGGUUCAGCUAUUGAGGAUCAGGACAGCAACGAGCAUAUGGCUUAUUGGCUGUCAAAUACAUCCACGCUCCUGUUUUUACUUCAGAAAAGUCUGAAACCUGCUGACGCAACUCCAGUUCGAAAACCACAAACAGCAACUUCCCUGUUUGGGAGGAUGGCAAUGGGAUUUCGGUCUUCUCCUUCUUCUGUCAACCUUACUGCUGCUGCAGCGGCACUUGAGGCAGUGCGCCAAGUUGAAGCCAAAUACCCAGCUCUGCUUUUCAAGCAGCAGCUUACUGCAUACGUUGAGAAAAUAUAUGGCAUAAUUCGAGACAAUUUGAAGAAGGAGCUGGGAUCGUUGCUUGCUUUAUGCAUUCAGGCUCCCAGAACCUCUAAGGGAAGUGUGCUAAGAUCUGGCCGGUCCUUUGGCAAAGACUCUCCAACAAAUCAUUGGCAGGCCAUCAUUGAUUGCCUCAACUCCCUUCUCAGCACCCUGAAACAAAAUUUUGUUCCCCCUGUCCUCAUCCAGAAGAUAUUUACUCAAACAUUUUCAUAUGUUAAUGUACAACUCUUCAACAGUCUUCUUCUACGUCGUGAGUGUUGUACAUUCAGCAACGGGGAGUACGUCAAAGCUGGGCUAGCUGAGCUAGAAUUGUGGUGCUGCCAAGCAAAAGAAGAGUACGCAGGCUCAGCUUGGGAUGAGUUGAAACACAUAAGACAAGCUGUUGGAUUCUUGGUUAUACAUCAAAAGUACAGAAUAUCUUAUGAUGAGAUCACCAAUGAUUUGUGUCCUAUUCUGAGUGUCCAGCAGCUGUACAGAAUAUGUACUUUAUACUGGGAUGAUAACUAUAAUACCCGAAGUGUGUCCCCUGAAGUUAUAUCCAGUAUGAGAGUGCUAAUGACAGAGGACUCCAACAAUGCUGUCAGCAACUCAUUUCUAUUGGAUGACAAUUCCAGCAUCCCAUUUUCGAUUGAUGAACUUUCCAACUCAAUUGAAGUGAAGGACUUCUUAGAUGUCAAGCCUGCAGCCGACCUUCUCGAAAAUCCUGCCUUCCAAUUUUUACACAGCUAAGGCUAGGGAACCACGAUACUUACUUUUUCUCGUCCUGGAUACAACACAGAAUUCAACAUACACUGUAAAUUCCUCAAACUUUACCAAUUUUUUUUUUAUUUUAUUCUAUAGAUUGAUACACAUUCUUUAUAAUUAUGGUAUUUUUCAAAGUUUCUCAGCAUUAGGGGCAGGGAAAUUCAUUAAAAUAGGCAAAUGCCUUCUGUUUUGUAUUGGUUUUGUCCGUGCCGAAAAUGGCAGCAUUCUUUCUAGGGAAGUUAGGGAUGGGGCACUUUCUCUGUGUCUUUCUAAGGGGGGUCUAUGAAUACCACCCUCUAUGUCAAUGUAGUUUAAGUCAUUAAAGAAAGUCUUUUUGGAGAAAUAUAGGCAUAUGGUGAUUUGUUUUGUAUGAAAGAUGUCUGAUAAGUUAUUUGACUGCAGCUUUUGUAGUGGAUUUCUGCUUUGAUUCAUGAGUUGUAUUGAGUGAAGCACCAACGUAUUCGUGCCAAUUAAUUUUAGCAAAGCCCAACACUGCAUUGAUGUUGAAA